GAUGGCCACCGUCGAUAACAGCGGGUCCACCACGUGCUUAUGCAGAAUUUGCGACGCCGUGCGAGAAACCAUACGCCAAAUAUUUCUUGUUCUUGACAAAUACCGAUGGCUUGUGGACGCCUACAUCGUGGAUUUUUACGAGGCCGAUUUAUGGGAACGACUUCCGGGCGGUUGGAAAGAUUUUUUCAAAGACAUCACGCCGGGGGAACUUGGAUCCUGGAUUUUGAACGAGGGUUCGAGCGUUCGAGUUUGGCCGUUAUCUUUGCAGGCGCUUCGUCGAGUCGUCGAUAUCUUACAGAUACACAGAGAUCAGAGGAGCGAGAUCGUGUUGAAAUGCGAAAAUGUCCGUAAAACGGAGAAUUAUACGGAUUCUGAUUCUGGCGAGCCUCAAGUGAAACCGAGCACGUGUUCGAGUCAUCAAAAGUUACGCGAUUUACUUGGCAAACACGUAAAACCGAAAAAGAAACAUGAAAUCGAAAUAAUGGCGAAGAUAAUAGCGGAUUGCGCUGCUUCGGCGAAAUCAGAAUGCGCCGUCGACGUUGGAGCUGGAAUUGGCCACCUCGCUAGGACGCUCGCUUAUCGACACGAGAUGUGUGUAAUUUGCGUCGAGCAGCAGUCCUUGCUGUCGGAACAAGCCAGAAAACUGGAUACACAAUUUGAAUCUAUCGCUUUGAAGUACCUGACUAAUAUCAGAGAGCAGAAACCGCAUCACGUGUCUUUGAAGAUAGAGAGAGAUUCGUCUGAAUUGUCUUUUUUUAUGGACACAAUCAACAACGAAUUUACAGAGAAUUUCAAACUAAAUCCAGAAUUUUCUGGAUUCGGUUUGAUCGGUUUACAUCCAUGCGGCGAUUUGGCAACAACGCUAUUGCAGUCUUACGCAGAGUCGGAUCGUGCUAAGUUUAUCUGCGUCGCAGGGUGCUGCUACAUGAAGCUUUCUCCUGGCCCGCAGAGCUAUCCUCUCAGCAAAUAUCUACGUUUGUCUGGGAUUGAUUACGAUCUCUCCUACACAGCUUUGGAAGUUGCUUGUCAUGCGGUGGAAAAUCAUUGCAUAAAAUUGAAGUCUGCCGAAUGCUGGGAACUGAAAAUACAUGCUUAUCGAGCGACGCUAGAGAGUCUCAUCCUUCAGAGAAACUCCUCUCUACGUCAUGCUCAGCUGAAAAGUUUCAAGCUCAAGGAAAAUACCACAUUUGAAGAGUACUGCAUGGCAGUCACAGAAAAUUUUACCGAAGAGAAUCGGCCACGGAGGAUAGAGGAAAUCAGAAAUCCUAAAACAGAGGAGCUGCUAGAUCGCUGGGAACAGGUCGUGGUGUUUGGUUCCCUCAGAUCGAUGCUGGCACCGUUGGUCGAGAGUGCAGUUUUGUUGGAUAGAUUCUUGUACCUGUCAGAGAAAAAUUUAUCGCCAAAAUUAAAGGCUGUCUUCGACCCAUUUCUAUCGCCGAGAAACUUUGUACUAACGUCUAUUAAAUAACUGAAUAUUUUG